UUCCAUUCCCGGGGGAUUGGAGUAGCGCUGGAGUCGCUGACGCCAUCCCUUCUCGCCCCUGGCUUGCUGGGAGCAUGCGCUUCCUUCCUCACUUCCUCUCAAGGAGGGAGGUGAGAAGGAGGCUACGCCCUGGCGGACCAGCGGUCGGCUUCGAGUCACAGAACUUCAGCACUCACGGGGCGGACAGCGCUCUCCUCCACCUGAAGACCUGACUCCCGAGCUUCUCGAGCCUUUCUAACCCCAUCUCUCCUCAGCCGCGCAGACAGACCUCCCGGCUACUCUCCCCGCCCGCAUCCGCCCACCUGGCGCUUCCUGUUUUUAGUCCUCCUUUUCAUUCAUAACAAAAGCUACAGCUCGGGAGCCCGGCGCCAAGCGUGGCAGAAUGGGGCUCCUUUGGACUGGCACCUGGAUUAUGAUGUUGGUACUCUACAGCCCAGUUCAAGCUUUCCCCAAACCGGGAGGCAGCCAAGACAAAUCCAUACAUAAUAGACAAUUAAGUGCAGAAAGACCUUUGAAUGAACAGAUUGCUGAAGCAGAAAAGAUUAAAAAUAUAUACCCACCAGAAAACAACGCAGGAGAAAGCAAUUAUUCCUUUGCUGAUAACUUGACCCUACUAAAGGCAAUAACAGAAAAACAAAAAAUUGAGAAGGAAAAACAAUCCAUAAGAAGCUCCCCAUAUGAUAAUAAAUUGAAUGUGGACGAUGUUGAUUCAACCAAGAAUCGAAGAGUAAUUGAUGAUUAUGAUUCUACUAAAAGUGGGCUGGAUCAUAAAUUUCAAGAUGACCCAGAUGGCCUUCAUCAACUAGAUGGAACUCCUCUAACUGCUGAAGACAUUGUUCAGAAAAUUGCUACCAGGAUUUAUGAGGAAAAUGACAGAGGAGUGUUUGACAAGAUUGUUUCUAAACUGCUGAAUCUUGGCCUAAUCACAGAAAACCAGGCACACACACUGGAAGAUGAAGUAGCAGAGGUUUUACAAAAAUUAAUCUCAAAGGAAGCCAACAAUUAUGAGGAGGAGCCCAAUAAACCCACAAGCAGAACUGAGAGCCAGGCUGGGAAAAUCCCUGAGAAAGCGACUCCACUGGCAACAAUUCAAGAUGGUUUUACUAAUGGAGAAAAUGAUGAAACAGUAUCUAACACCUUAACCUUGAUGAAUGGCUUGGAAAGGAGAACUAAAACCUACAGUGAAGACAACUUUGAGGAACUCCAAUAUUUCCCAAACUUCUAUGCAUUACUGAAAAGCAUUGAUUCAGAAAAAGAGGCAAAAGAGAAAGAAACACUGAUUACUAUUAUGAAAACAUUGAUUGACUUUGUGAAGAUGAUGGUAAAAUAUGGCACAAUAUCUCCAGAAGAAGGCGUUUCUUACCUUGAAAACUUGGAUGAAAUGAUUGCUCUUCAGACCAAGAACAAGCUAGAUAAAAAUGCUACUGACAAUAAAAGCCAGCUUUUACCAGUGCCAUCCGAGAAGAGUCAUGAAGAGACAGACAGUACCAAGGAAGAAGCAGCUAAGAUGGAAAAGGAAUAUGGAACCUUGCAGGAUUCCACAAAAGAUGAUAACUCCAACCCAGGAGGAAAGACAGAAGAACCAAAAGGGAAAACAGAAGCCUACUUGGAAGCCAUCAGGAAAAAUAUUGAAUGGUUGAAGAAACACGACAAAAAAGGAAAUGAAGAUUAUGACCUUUUAAAGAUGAGGGAUUUCAUCACCCAACAAGCAGAUGCUUAUGUGGAAAAAGGCAUCCUUGAUAAAGAAGAAGCUGAUGCCAUCAAGCACAUUUACAGCGGCCUGUAAAAACGGCAGAGGAUCCAGGAGUCUUUUGACUGCUUCAGAAAACAUAAUACAGCUUUUAAAAUACCUCUACUCUGUGAAUAAAGUUAUCUUAACCUAAGGAUUAUUAGAAAGUGCUAAAUAUAUAGUAAUUAACCUCUUAGAAGUGGUUGAAACAUAGCUUUCUUGCCAUAAACAUGAUCUGAAAAGUAAAAUUGUAAGCUGA